AUGCUGUGGUACUCUGGGGUCGUGAGGGGUAAGAAUGGAGUGAGUAUCUUAGUGGAUAGGGAUCUUAGAGAGUCUAUGGUUGAGUUUAGGGGAGUGAAUGAUAGGCUAAUGUUUAUUAAGUUGGUGAUUAAGGAGUGCACCCUCAAUGUUGUUAGCGCUUACGCGCCGAAAACGGGCUUGGAUGAGGAGGUUAAGGGGUGCUUCUGGGAGGGUUUGGACGAGAUUGUGCGUAGUAUUCCACCUACUGAGAGGUUAUUUAUAGGAGGGGAUUUUAAUGGCCAUAUUGGGUCAGUUGCUAGUGGCUAUGGCAAGGUGCAUGGUGGCUUUGGCCUUGGGGAUAGGAACGGAGGAGGUACUUCACUGUUAGAUUUCGCUAAGGCCUUCGAGCCGGUGAUUGCGAACCUGACUUUCGCGAAGAGGGAGGAGCAUCUGGUGGCUUUCCAAAGUUCGAUGGUGAAUACUUAG